CUACGAGGCACUUGAGCCGUAGCCAGUCCUUCCCGGCUCCGGCUCCGGUGCGGCUGCGCGGUGGAAUCACUGGCGGCGAUUGGCCCAGGGGUGAGAGGGGGCGGGAGGUAAGGGGAGGGAAAUCGGUCGUCCUCGGCGCGCGCCCGCCCGCGGCAGGGGAACCGAGGGGGCAGGAAGGAAAGCUGUUCCCCGCUGCGUUGUUUUGGGCUCAGUGAGCCGAAAGGGGGAGGGGAGGAGAGGGAGAAACAAACACUACGUAGCGGAGGCUGCGCGCGGCCUUCGUGCCUGCGUGCGUACGUGCGUGCGCUCGCUCGCGCGGGCUCAGUGCUGGCGCGUGAGGCGGAGGCGGGCGGCGGCGGCGCCUGCGCGGUCGGGCUCGGUCGACGGUUCGCAGGGGAGGAGGCGGCGGGAGGCGGAGGAGGCGGCGGUGGCGAUGGAGGUGAAGCGGCUGAAAGUGACCGAGCUGCGGUCUGAGCUGCAGCGGCGGGGCCUGGACUCGCGCGGCCUCAAGGUGGAUCUGGCGCAGCGGCUGCAGGAGGCGCUGGACGCCGAGAUGCUCGAGGACGAGGCCGGCGGUGGCGGGGCCGGGCCCGGCGGGGCCUGCAAGGCGGAGCCUCGGCCUGUGGCCGCGUCGGGCGGUGGCCCGGGCGGGGACGAGGAGGAGGACGAAGAAGAGGAGGAGGAGGACGAGGAGGCGCUGCUUGAGGACGAGGACGAAGAGCCACCUCCUGCCCAGGCCUCGGGCCAGGCCGCGCAGCCGCCGCCGGAGCCCCCGGAGGCGGCAGCCAUGGAGGCCGCGGCCGAGCCCGAUGCUUCCGAGAAGCCGGCAGAGGAGGCCACGGCCGGGUCAGGUGGGGUAAAUGGUGGCGAAGAGCAGGGCACCGGCAAGGGGGAGGAAGACGAGCCGGAGGAGCGGAGCGGGGACGAGACACCAGGAUCCGAAGCUCCGGGUGACAAGGCCGCAGAGGAACAGGGAGAUGACCAAGAUAGUGAAAAGUCAAAACCAGCAGGCUCAGAUGGUGAGCGGCGGGGGGUAAAGAGACAGCGGGAUGAGAAGGAUGAACAUGGCCGAGCUUACUAUGAAUUCCGAGAGGAGGCUUACCACAGCCGCUCAAAGUCUCCACCACCCCCUGAAGAAGAGGCAAAAGAUGAGGAGGAGGAUCAAACUCUUGUGAACCUGGACACGUAUACCUCGGAUCUCCAUUUUCAAGUGAGCAAAGACCGCUAUGGAGGGCAGCCGCUUUUCUCAGAGAAGUUCCCCACCCUUUGGUCUGGGGCAAGGAGUACUUACGGUGUGACAAAGGGGAAAGUCUGCUUUGAGGCCAAGGUAACCCAGAAUCUCCCGAUGAAAGAAGGCUGCACAGAGGUUUCUCUGCUUCGAGUUGGAUGGUCUGUUGAUUUUUCCCGUCCACAGCUUGGUGAGGAUGAAUUCUCUUAUGGUUUCGAUGGACGAGGACUCAAGGCAGAGAAUGGGCAAUUUGAGGAAUUUGGCCAGAGUUUUGGGGAGAAUGAUGUCAUUGGCUGCUUUGCUAAUUUUGAGGCUGAAGAAGUAGAACUUUCCUUUUCCAAGAAUGGAGAAGACCUAGGUGUGGCAUUCCGGAUCAACAAGGAAUCCCUGGCAGAACGGGCCCUCCUACCCCAUGUCCUCUGCAAAAAUUGUGUUGUAGAAUUAAACUUUGGUCAGAAGGAGGAGCCCUUCUUCCCACCACCGGAAGAGUUUGUGUUCAUCCAUGCUGUGCCUGUUGAGGAGCGUGUGCGCACUGCAGUCCCUCCCAAGACAAUAGAUCAGUGUGAGGUGAUUCUGAUGGUUGGACUGCCUGGAUCUGGAAAGACCCAGUGGGCACUAAAAUACGCAAAAGAAAACCCUGAGAAAAGAUACAAUGUCCUGGGAGCUGAGACUGUGAUCAGUCAAAUGAGGAUGAAGGGGCUUGAGGAGCCAGAGAUGGACCCCAAAAGCAGAGACCUUUUAGUUCAGCAAGCCUCCCAGUGCCUUAGUAAGCUGGUCCAGAUUGCUUCCCGGACAAAGAGGAACUUCAUUCUUGAUCAGUGUAACGUGUACAACUCUGGCCAACGGCGGAAGCUGUUGCUGUUCAAGACUUUCUGUCGAAAAGUGGUGGUGGUUGUUCCUAAUGAGGAAGAUUGGAAGAAGAGGCUGGAGUUGAGGAAGGAAGUGGAGGGAGAUGAUGUGCCUGAGUCUAUAAUGCUGGAGAUGAAAGCCAACUUCUCUCUGCCUGAAAAAUGUGACUAUAUGGAUGAGGUGACCUACGGGGAGCUGGAGAAGGAGGAAGCUCAGCCCAUUGUCACUAAGUACAAGGAGGAGGCAAGGAAGCUGCUGCCCCCCUCCGAGAAGCGGACAAACCGCCGAAACAACCGAAACAAGCGCAACCGGCAGAACCGAAGCCGAGGCCAAGGCUAUGUGGGCGGGCAGCGCCGAGGCUACGACAACCGGGCCUACGGGCAGCAGUACUGGGGGCAGUCUGGAAACAGAGGGGGUUACCGUAAUUUCUACGAUCGAUACAGGGGAGACUAUGAUCGAUUCUACGGGCGGGAUUAUGAGUACAACAGAUACAGAGACUAUUACAGACAGUACAAUCGGGAUUGGCAGAAUUACUACUACCACCCCCAGGACAGAGACCGAUACUACAGGAACUACUACGGUUACCAAGGGUAUCGGUGAAGCCCCUGUCAUGCUCGCCUGUCAGCCAUGAAGCUGAAUCUCUAGGGGUGCCAGGCACCCCCCCAAAACACAACCAAGGAAAACAGGGGCUGUUCGGGUGGGGCUGAGCUGCCGGGGAG